AUAAGCAAAUUCAAUUCUUCAAAAUAUGAGGAUCAAAUUUCAUAUUCUUCUCAUGAAAUCUCUCUUAUUCUUUCUGUUAUGUUCGUCUUUUACAGUUACAGCUCAACAAAAACAGUCUCAUAUAAACCCGGGAUCUUUCCUUUCACCCACCGGAAACUUCUCAUGGCUUUCAGCUUCCGGUCUCUUCGCCUUCGGAUUUUAUCCGCAAGGCAAUGGCUACGCUGUUGGCGUUUUCAUUUCUGGAGUUCCCCAGAAAACUGUUGUCUGGACAGCCAAUAGAGAUAACCCACCAGUUCCAAGAAAUUCUAUCUUGCUGUUCAAUACUGCAGGCAGGCUCGUCCUACAAGCAACUCCAGGCCAAGAUAUUAAUAUAGCUGAAGCUUCCGGAGUGGUCUCUUCCGCUUCAGUUCUUGAUUCUGGCAACUUUGUGCUUUACAAUUCUGAUCAAGAAAUUAUGUGGCAGAGUUUCGAUCACCCAACAGAUACAAUUUUGCCAACCCAACGUCUCCCGGAAAAUCGGGGAAUGUUUUCAAGCGUUUCGGAAACCGACCAUUCAACGGGGAUAUUCCGGCUCAAGAUAAUGCCACAAGACGGAAAUCUAGUGCAGUUCCCAAAGGAUGGUGCCGACGCAACUGAAUAUAAUUAUUGGCAAUCUAAUACAUCUGGAACGGGCGGAAAUGUUUCACUGAAUCUUGGUGUUGAUGGCCAUCUUUACCUGCUUAAUAACACUGGCUUCAACAUAAAGAAUAUUACUGAAGGAGGGUAUCAAAAGGAAGGAAUGAUCUAUUUCAUGAGACUAGAUUAUGAUGGGAUUAUCCGAUUAUAUUCACGCAAUUUGACUAAAAAAAGUUCCAAAUCAGUUUUGUGGGAAUCUUUGCAAGAUAAGUGUAUCCCGAUGGGUCUGUGUGGGUAUAAUAGCUUUUGUGUUUUAAAUGACGAGAGCCCUGAGUGCAGAUGUCUUCCAGGAUUUGUUCCUGUUAACCCAGGUAAUAGAACUGCUGGCUGUGAGAGAAAUUUCAGAUCAGAAAGUUGCAUCAACAGGUCUGGAACAGUCAGAUCAUCCAUUAAACAAGUGGAAAAUACUGUCUGGGAAGAUUCUUCAUAUUCAGAUCUGUCACAAACAACGAAAGAAGACUGCGAACAAGCAUGUUUGUCGGAUGGAAAUUGUGAAGUUGCACUAUUCAGUAAUAGCCAAUGCAGCCUGCAAAGGCUUCCUUUGAGAUUUGGGAGAAGAGAUCUCAACACUGAUUCAAAGAAUAUUGCUUUCGUCAAGUUACAUACCACACCCUCUUCAGAUUGUAUUGACCACAAAGAAGGUGAGAAAGAGCUCCGAAGUGACAUCAUAACCAAGAUUAUUAUUUCAUUUGUUGCUUUUAUACUUGUUAUUUUGGCAAUUUUCGGAAUUGUCAUUUACAGAUACCAUUCGUGGUCAUAUAAAAGAAUUCCUGGCAAUGGAAACACCAAAUAUUGUGAAGGUAUUGCUCCCCUGUCAUUUAGCUAUGCAGAUAUUGAAAAAAUGACUGAUUGUUUCAAAGAGGAGGUUGGUAGGGGAUCUUCAGGAAGAGUCUAUAAAGGGACUAUGGCGAAUGAUCAGAAGUUUGUAGCUGUCAAGAGAUUGGAGAAGGUUUUAUCUGAUGAGGAAAAAGAGUUCUUGACCGAGAUAAAAGUAAUUGGAAGGACUUAUCAUAGAAACCUUGUUCGUCUUAUAGGCUAUUCCUCUAAUGGAACCAACAAGGUCUUGGUAUAUGAGUACAUGGCAAAUGGAUCUCUAGCUGAUAUACUUUUCACACCUAAAAAACAACCUAACUGGAUUGAAAGACUAGGUAUUGCUCGUGAAAUUGCUACAGGUAUUUUGUAUCUUCAUGAUGAGUGUGAGGCUCAAAUCAUCCAUUGUGACGUAAAACCUCAAAAUAUUCUCAUGGAUGAGAAUGGGUGUGCAAAAAUUUCUGAUUUCGGAUUGGCAAAGUUACUAAAACCAGACCAAACUAACACCUUUACUGGAAUUAGAGGAACAAGAGGAUACGUCGCACCAGAAUGGCAUAGAAAUAUGCCCAUUACAGUCAAAGCAGAUGUUUACAGCUUUGGAGUGGUGUUGCUAGAGAUCAUUUGUCGACAAAGAAGCAUGGACCAGAAUCUUCCAGAGGAUCAAGUUAUUCUUGAAGAUUGGGUUUACCAAUGUUUUGAGACGGGUAAGUUGAGUCAAUUAGUAGAAGAUGAACAAGUGGAGCUAAAACAAUUGGAGAGAAUGAUUAAAGUUGCCCUUUGGUGUAUUCUUGAUGAACCAUCACUGCGCCCAUCAAUGAAGAAAGUUUUGCUUAUGCUGGAAGGGACUGUUGACAUUCCAAUUCCUCCAAAUCCUACUUCGUAUCUUAGUUGCAUCUAGGUUACCUGCGUUUGUUUUAAUUUGUCUGUGUUUUUAGCCCCUUUAAGUAUCAUUUUACAUACAGGAAGUAAAAUAUAAACCAGUGUUGCAAUGUGCUCUGUAAUUUUUCAGUUGCUGCAGUGUAGUGUUUUAGAAUCUGUUCUUACAUAUCCCCUAUUAUAUGCAGAACAUUUUUAGAUUUUUAAAAAUUUCCAGCAACACUUUCACUCUCUGCGUGAUCCUGACCUAAAAUUACUGUCAACAUUGCUAAAGCUUU